AUGCGCUGUCUGGCCAGCCUAGCUCUGGCCCUGCUGGCCCUGGAGGCCGCCCUGGCCCUGGCCCUGGCCCUGCCCCUGGCCCCGGCCCCGGUCGUGUGCCCAGAGCUCAGCUCCUCGGAGGAGGAUGCCUGCAUGGUCUCCUGCAACUCGGACGAGAACUGGCCCCAAGGCACCAAAUGCUGCCCCAGGAGCCCCUGCAGCCGCUCCUGCGUGGUCCCCCUCAUCGCGCCUGUGCAGAGGGCCGGCCACUGCCCACGGGUGCAGGCCCUGCUGAUCCCCCAGCCCUGCUUGGAGAGCAGCGAGUGUUCCGGGGACAACCAGUGUGCAGACAACAGGAAGUGCUGCCUCAGCAUCUGUGCCUUGCGAUGUCUGGAGCCCGAGGCAGCCCACCCCAGAGCUCCCAGGCCUGGCCGGCUGGCCUCCUGCCCGGGGCCGCCCAGCUCUAUCCCCCUGAAGCACCGCUCCUCUGUGCUGAGGGCCCCCACGCCAGAGCCCGGACGGGCUGGAGCCAGGAGAAGCCGGAAGGGCGGCGGUCAGUACAGUUCGGGGCCGGGCCCCACCCACACGCUGCACUGA